UAUUACGCCCCCUUUGAGUCUCGUGACCCACCUGUCUUCCGGUUGGGAAAACAUCACUGCGCCAGAAAGUUAGUAGAUGGAUAACUUCAUCCUGUAUGAGGAGCUAGGAAGCGGCUCUACGUCUGUUGUCUACAAAGGACGGAGAAAGGGACAUCUGAACUAUGUAGCCCUCAAAUGCAGUGACAAAGCCAAGAGACCUGAGAUCACAAACCAUGUUCGUCUUAACCAAGAGGUGGAUCAUCCCAACAUUGUACACUUUUAUGAAUGGUACGAAACCAAAAAGCACUUGUGGUUAGUGACUGAGAUCUGCACAGGUGGUUCCUUGGAGUCUGUGAUAAAGCGGGAUGGAUGUCUUCCAGAGGAUGUGGUCAGGAAAUUUGGAUGGGACCUGGUCAAAGGACUGACCCACAUCUACAAGUUAGGAAUAAUUUUUUCUGACUUGACACCUACUAAGAUCCUGGUAGACAGUAGUGGCAUGUUAAAGUUAGGUAACUUCUGUCAUUCCAAGACUGAGAAAGAAACUCUUAAAGAUUUCUUCUCAUUGUGUUGUGAAGAUGCAAAGGAUGAAAAAUAUGAUGAUAUGAUGAAAAAAAGGAUUCAAGGUUCAACAACGUACAAGGCCCCAGAGGUUCAACAAGGGGCAGAAACUACUGUGAAAUCUGAUCUGUGGGCUUUUGGUUGUAUCCUCUACUACAUGUACACUGGUGAGCCAUUCUCCUUUGAUAACUACAGUGAACCCUCUGGAAUAAAUUUAUAUCAGCAACCAUCAUCUUCUGUGCAGACAGUGUUUCCAAGCAGUUCUCCCACCCAGGACUUUCAAAAUCUUCUGAGAGGUUUACUCACCAGAAACCCAGAUGAGAGAAUGAACUUGUCAGAUUUACUCAAUCACCAUUUCUGGACUCAAGGACUGCAUGAGGAAGCGGACUUAGAGGAAGUAGAAACAGAAACAGGAGACGAAGAAGAGCACUGUGCAAAGACAAUAAAAGGCAGACAGAUGGACAGUGUUGUUUCAAAUAGUUGGGAGUGUGUUUUAUAACAUCAUUUUUGACUUUACGCUUUUUAAUAGUUGAUAAUGUUUAAUACUAAACACUAGGGGUGUCCCGAUACAACUUUUUUAAACUUCUGAUACGAUAGUGAUAUUGGAGUCUUGAGCAUUAGCCGAUACUGAUAUUAACCAAACACGAUGUCACCACGAAUUAUACAUACUUUUAUUAUUUUGUAAUGUAGAAUAUUAUAAAAGGCUUGAUUGAGUGAAAUUUCUUAGACAACAAUGGUAGGUAUGAAUAACACUAACCAUAUGCCAAGUGAAGUGUUUUUGGUGACACCUAGUGGUCACAAUAAUUCAUUAGGUUAAGCUCAUGGCAUGUGAGCAUGUUUUUGGAUACUUUCUAAUACCCUUCUGCUUCUGUAAUUUUACACUGCAAUAUUGUUCAAUUAAGGACCCUUAUUCCAUAUGUCUAGCUUGUGUGGUCUUGUGUGCUUAGCUGUUGUGUAGCCGCAAGCUUUUAGUAUCCUACAGCCCACCA